AUGCCUUUUUUCUACUACUAUAUUUCUCCCAUCAUCACUUCUAUCUCCCACUCUUUUCCCCUGUUCGAAUCCUCAUCGCCGCUUUUUUUCUCUUUUAUCUGUUUACUACCCAUCUCUAUCUCCCACUCUUUUCCCCUGUUCGAAUCCUUUCUGAUGCCUUUUUUCUACUACUAUAUUUCUCCCAUCAUCACUUCUAUCUCCCACUCUUUUCCCCUGUUCGAACCCUCUCCGAUGCCUUUUUUCUACUACUGUACCUCUCCCUUUUCUAAUUUACACUCUUCCCCUGUUCGAACCCUCUCUGCUGCCUUUUCUCUUUUAUUUCUUUACCACUCAUCAAUACCUUCUACUCUUCCACUGUUCGAAUCCCAAUUGCUGCCUUUUCUCUUUUAUUUCUUUAUCACUCAUCAAUACCUUCUACUCUUCCACCGUUCGAAUCCUCUCUCAUGCCUUUUCUCUAUUAAUAUGUCUCUUCUAUCUAUCCUCUCUCAUGCCUUUUCUCUAUUAUUAUUUCUCUUCCACUGUUCGAACCCUCUCUCAUGUCUUUUUUCUAUUACUAUAUUUCUCCCACUAUCUCACUACUCAUCAACUUCUUCUACUUCUUUUCAUUACUCCCUUCUCUUACUCUCCUCUAUUCCUCUUUUCUAUUCUCUUUAUCCUAAUAUCUUCUUUUCUCUAUCUCUCCAAAACUAA